ACAGUAUCGAGAAAACCCAGGAGUAUCUGGCUCGGCAACCCUUUGGGUCCUAGGGCCAGGUGAGACCAGCCAUUCGUGUUGUCGACGGCGAGGAGUAAGGGUGUUGUGGCUUCGCUCAAGGUCGACAGGAGAACACUCUUCGCAGCAGGCAACGUUAGAGGGCCGACCAUGAUGCGAGCGCGCUGGUGCCUCCUCGCCCUGGCCUUCCUCUCCUCGGUCAGCGCUCAGCAGGCCGGUUGGUGCAGGGACACGAUGCACUGGUGCUGGGAGUGGGCGGUGCAGGGCGAGUGCGUCUUCUCGCGGCCCUUCAUGGCCAGGCAUUGCUCUGCUUCGUGUGGCUUCUGCGUAGACACAAAAUGCGUCGAUAAGAACAAGUUGUGCCAAUACUGGGCAUCGACGGGAGGUUGCAAAUCCCCAAGUCGUGUGGUUGAGACCAACUGUCCGCUGUCGUGCGGUGUCUGCGGCUCGGCUCCGCAGCCCCCCCCGCAGCCUAGUGUUUCUGGGAAUCGAGACGUGCGGCCUCAGCCCAGUUCCCAGCGCCAGCCCCACCGGGAUCGCCAGCCACUCCCGAGUGUGGAUAGGCCUCUUCUCUUCCCGUCCAUCACAAGGCCGUCUUUCGAGUGCGGGGCCCCUUACCCCAGCCCGGGCGUAGGAAGGCGGGCAAGAGAUGUCAGUAGGCCGGCGACUGCAGCGCCGAGUUCAUCUUCAAGGCAAGACGGCAUUGUGGGUCUUGCUGACGAGGCCCCAGUCGAGGGAAACGUCUUCUGUGGCGCCACCGUCAUCAGCGACCGCUAUCUUCUGACUGCCGCCCACUGUGUCAUCAACAAUCCUGUGUCCUCGGUGCGGCUCGGGGACCUCGACCUCUCCCAGCCAGACGAACCGAACUCGCGCGCCCAAGACUACGAAAUCGAAGUCAUUUUCGUCCAUCCUGAUUACGACAGCGGAGGGUACAACGACGUGGCGCUGCUCAAAACAACGAGGCGCAUCGAGUUCAACGAGGGCGUGUUUCCCUUCUGCAUCUCGGCCUCUCGUCCCGCUCCUCAGACUACCGUCAUUGGCGCUGGUUUUGGAUACGUAAAUGAGACCUCGAAGGCAUCGCACCUGCAGGAAGCCGAGCUGAAGAUGGUUUCCUCGGCGGAGUGCGAGUCCCUGUUCCUGCGCGAGCACAGCCAGACGCUGAGGAGGUGGUACCCGCAGCUACUCCAGGGCAGCGACAUCAUGUGCGCUGGGGCGCCGGGGAAGAGCGCCUGCGAGGGCGACGGCGGCGGUCCUCUGUACAGGACAGACGCGUCAGGGCGGCAGUACCUGGUAGGCAUCAUAAGCAGAGGACUGCCAUGUGGGGACGCCCGAAACAUUACGAUGCCAAGCUUCUACAUCAGUGUGGCUGAUCACGUUGACUUCAUUAACAGUAUUAUGUACUCAGAUUUCUAAGUCU